GGCAUUGUUGUGUUGUGUGACGAGCAAUGUGAUGAUCGGAGUUGAUUGGUGUUGAUUAGCUUAGGCUGUGUGGCAUGGCCGAGCAGCGGCAGGGGAGGAGGGGCGCGGCGGCGUCGGCGGUGGCGGCGUGCGGGAGGAGGGCGAGGGCGGAGACGCGGCACCCGGUGUACCGCGGCGUGAGGUUGAGGGCGGGGAAGUGGGUGUCGGAGAUCCGGGAGCUCCGGAAGGCCAGCAGGAUAUGGCUCGGCACGUACGCCACGCCCGAGAUGGCCGCCGCGGCCUACGACGCCGCCGCAUCGGCGCUGCGCGGGCACGGCGCGGCGCUCAACUUCCCCGACGCCGCGCGCUCCCGCCCGGCCCCGGCGUCCGCGUCCCCCGACGACGUGCGCGCCGCGGCGGCCGCCGCCGCGACGGCGGCUCAACGUCAGCCGGGCGGCGGCGGCGAGGACAGUCGACGUCAUGAUCAGGUGGUACUACUACCGCAUGGUGGCCAGGACGGCGUGGUGGACGAGGACGACGUGCUGGAGAUGCCGCGGCUGAUGGUGAGCAUGGCGGAGGCGCUGAUGAUCAGCCCGCCGCCGGUGCUUGGCCCGGCGGCGGCGGCGUUAGAGGAGGCGCCGGACGGCGGAAUGGACGAAGGCGGCUGCGUGAGCUUGUGGGAUCACAGCUGA